AUGAUCGAUUCUAUUAGCUCAGAUAAAACAAAGAGAGGAAAAACUGAGCGUAAAAUUGCAGACGAAAUCCAGUCACAAAGUGAUGGUCAGCACUUGAUAAAGGAUAUAUCAUCGGAAUCCGCAAAGUGGAAUAAUGAAGGUAAAAUUGUCACAUGGAGUGAUGUUACAGUAAAGGUACCACUUGGCAAGAAAUCAUUGCUUCAAUGUCUCAAAAUCGUUCGAGAAACAACAAAGACAAAAACAAUACUUAGCAAAGUUUCUGGUUAUGCAGUACCCGGUACCACACUUGCAAUUAUGGGAAGUAGUGGAACAGGUAAAACUGUCCUUUUAAAUGCACUUACAAUGAAUGUAUCAAGUGAUGUUGAUGUAAAAGGAAAAAUAUUGGUUAAUGGUGAACAGCUAUCACCGACCGAUAUGCAUCGUAUAUCACGGUAUGUACAUCAAGAUGAUAUAUUCAUUGGAACUUUAACUGUGCGGGAACAACUUAUUUAUUCGGCUGAACUUCAAAUGGGUCACAGUGUAUCGAAAGUGGAUAGGUUAAAUCGAGUAGAAGAAGUACUCAAAGAGCUCGGCCUAAAAAGAUGUGAAACGACGUUAAUCGGUGUUACAAAUCGACUUAAAGGCAUUUCUUGUGGUGAAAGUAAACGUCUUGCAUUUGCAUGUGAAAUUCUCACUGAUCCACUCAUUUUAUUUUGCGAUGAGCCAACAUCUGGUUUGGAUUCAUUUAUGGCAGUACAAGUUGUGCAUUGCUUAAAAGUUAUGGCCAAAAAAGGAAAGACAAUAAUUACGACAAUUCAUCAACCAUCCAGUCAAGUAUUCAAUAUGUUUGACAAUGUAUGUUUUAUGUCAAUGGGCAAAGUUAUGUAUUUUGGUCCAAUUAUUGAAGUGUGCAACUUCUUCAAAAACAUAGGAUACGCUUGUCCUGAAACGUAUAAUCCAGCGGAUCAUAUUAUUAAAACGUUGUCCGUCACGCAAGAUGAACAGGAAAGCCAAGCGAGACUGGACAAAAUUCGAACUGAAUUUGAAAAUUCAACUUUUGGUGCGACGUUGUAUAGAAAGUCGCAUGGUGAAGGACUGUCGCAAGAGAUGGUCGGAAAUAAAGAUUUAAAAACGAGAAAAAUGUACGCAGUUUCAUUUUUAUCUCAAUUCCGAAUUCUUGUGAGGCGUUCAUUUCUAACAACAAUGCGAGAUCCAUUACUGCUAAAAGUGAAAUUCAUUCAAGUUAUCGUCACUGCAUUAGUGAUAGGAAUGGUAAAUUUUCAAACACAAUUAACUGGUCCAACAAUAAUAAAUCUAGAAGGUUUACUGUAUAAUACCGUACGUGACAUGAACUUCAUUUUCCUCUUUCCAUCUGUUAAUGUGAUCACGUCUGAAUUGCCAAUAUUUUUACGUGAACAUUGCUGUUCAAGAAUUUAUAGCGCUCCUGCUUAUUAUCUGGCAAAAUCAAUUGCUGAACUUCCAGAAUAUAUCAUACUUCCAUUUUGCUAUGCAGCUAUUGUCUAUUUCAUGAGCGGACUCUAUUUAGCAGUAAAAGCAUUUAUCAUCUAUUGCACAAUAACUAUUGUACUGACAAAUUUAGCAAUUUCAAUUGCAUAUGCUGGUGCUUGUAUUUUUGGUGAAGAUAGCUUAGCUCUUACCUAUAUGCCCUGUUUCAUUUUGCCAAAUUUGGUAUUUGGUGGUUUUUACAUUAGUUUUCAUUCCAUUCCUAUUUAUUAUCGAUUCAUUUCAUACAUUUCUUGGUUUCGAUUUGGUUUUGAAGCAUUUCAACUGAAUCAAUGGCUUAAUUACAAAAUGAUACCUGGAUGUGAAGAUGGUGCAACAGAGGUAAAUUAUUGCCCAGCAUUUUCGGGAAAAGGUGUACUGAUACGACGAGGAAUGAGCACUUCACAGAUUGUUAUUUUUAUCAAUUUAAUUAUUCUAUUUGUAAUGUUAAUUGGUUUUCGAAUUAUUGGUUUGGUGGCAUUAUUUCUAAGAGUUCGAUUAACUAAAUAA